AUGAUGAUGAAUAGAAGAAAAACAGAUAUCACGUCAAUAGGUCAAGAGGAGGAAAAGAAUAAAAAAUCGAGUGGAGAACAACCAUUACAAAUCAGUCAAGAGAGGAAAGUGGAGUUAGUGUCGAGCAUAGAAAAUGUAGGAAUAAUCGAGAAAAAAGAUAAUAAUUAUUACUAUCAAGAAUUGAAAACAUCGAGAUGGUAUGAUUUAAUGUAUGGUAGGAAGAUUAGAGAUAUUAUAAAUGAAAAGAAAUUUAUAAAUAGAAGUGGAGGUCAAUUUAAUAAUAAUAAUAAUAAUAAUAAUAAUAAUGAACAAUUACAAGGAAAAUUAUUGGUAUCAUUUUCAGCACAUUUGACAAAUGUUGGUGAUGCACUUAGAAUGUUAAAAGAGAAUGGGCUGUAUGCAGCACCUGUAUUUGAUGAAACUUUGGGUACUGGUGAAAAGAAUGCAAAUGUUUGUAAUUAUUUGGGAAUGGUUGGUGUUUAUGAAAUAUUGGCAUAUCUAUUGGCAUUCUUUAAAGAUCCUAAAAUGGUUGAUACAAUAGUUGGAAAGAUUAAAAUUUCAACUUGGAAUGAUAGUGUUGAUAAGACCAAAAAUCAAGAUAAUGACCCAGUGGAUAAAUGGAGUCAAUUUUUCAAACAUACUCCUAUUAUCGACGUUUUGGAUGCUCUGUCUAGUAAAAGAUACAAACCAUAUAGAGUCUAUCUAAAUGAUUCUAUGGCAUUUCUAUGCAAAAUUCUUGACCAAACCAAUUAUAGUAGGGUUCCAGUGAUUGACCACGAUCAAAUCAUUAGCAUGGUAUCUACGAGUGACCUCAUUCGUAGUAUAGUCUAUCAUCGUGAAAAGUUGCCAUCACUAUUUUUUACGGAAUUGGGUGCUUUUGAACACGAGUUGAUCGAUACAGACUAUAUCACUGCCACCGAUGACAUUAAAACUGCCUAUGUAUUCGAUCAACUAGAAUCCAAAGGAAAACAGUCAGCUGCCAUUGUCGAUAGUAAAACUGGUUCCAUUCAUGCUAAUUUUAGUAUCACCGAUAUCAAAGGUAUUGUAGAUACCAAUAUCCACGAUCUUCAAUUAUCAAUUAAAGAGUUUUUAUCUAUUCAUAGAUCAAUUAGUAAAAUUGGACCAAUAACAGUUACAAAGGAGACAGCAUUAAUUGAUAUGUUCAAAUUAAUGGUAGAUAAUCAAAUACAUGGUAUUUGGGUAACAAGUGUUGAUGAUCCAAUUAUUAAAACAGUUGGUUUUGUUUCAUAUCCAUCAAUUAUAAAAUUCAUCUAUCAUUUAAUUCAAUUAUCUUCACAAUCCAAUAUCUAG